UGACAAUCUAGGAAACACUGAGGAUGAAACCCAGCCCUUGGCUGCAAUCCGUGCCACUCGUACUGUCUUAGGAACACUUUCCUCUUUCUCCAGGCUCUCGAUCAAUACAGACCAGUUUGUCAGGACUGUACAUAAUUAAUGUAACAGUGGAAGCAGUGCUAGUAUACGAUGGAACGAGCAUUCAUCAUCUGCGGAUAUUGACGCUUCUUUCCCACAGACUGAUUGUCAGUGUGUGUAGAGGCUUCUGAAUCAUGUAUUGGAUGCUGUGGUGUAGUCUGUCGUGUCUCUGUAGCUGGUGAGAUGAGCAGCUAGUGCUGGGAUUCUGCAUGUGGCGCAGCAGACGCAUGCAUCUCGAACGUCUGCGAACCGUAUCAUCAUAAUACCGUGGACUGGACAUGUGCAUUUCAUGAUUCAACGGAAAAAACUACAAGAAAUUUCCAAACGGAUUGUCAAUUUAUGAACGCUCAAACAUAUGUCAUUUCGCAACAUUUGCUCUGAGGCGAAACCCAGUUUUAUUGUCUUCUUAUUUUAACCUCCGGUUGUUAAGCGAUAAUUUGCGGAGAAACCGCUAUCAUUGCAUAAUUCACCAACGUGGCGUGCGGUUCAUGAUUGUUGAUAUUGAUUCUGAGAUAACCUCGUGGAGAAACGUGUCUGAACUCGAAGCGUCGAUAUGUUGAAUUUGAUCUUCACAACCAUGUUUCUGAACACACUCACCCCAAAAUUUUAUGUCGCAUUGACCGGGACGUCAUCUCUUAUAUCAGGAUUAAUAUUGAUCUUUGAAUGGUGGUAUUUCAAAAAGUAUGGCACGUCCUUCAUUGAACAGGUCUCGCUGAAUCAUAUAUCGCCGUUGUUAGGUGGGGGUGACGCACCGCCUGAAAAUACGACGACCAAUAACAGUAGUAGUACACCUAGUCAACAGCAGCAAACAGUGCCAGAGUGUAAAGUAUGGCGGAACCCACUGAAUUUAUUUCGAGGUGCGGAAUAUCAGCGCUUUACUUGGGCUACGGGGAAGGAGCCGUUGACAUACUAUGACAUGAAUCUCUCCGCGCAGGACCAUCAAACGUUUUUUACCUGCGAUACAGACGCCGGCAAACCGGAGUAUGAAAUCAUGCAGACGGCUUGGCGGGAACGAAAUCCCCAGGCGAGAGUUAAGGCAGCGCAUGAGGCUUUAGAGAAGAAUCCUGACUGUGCACCAGCCAUGAUCCUACUUGCUGAGGAGGAGUGCACGUCAAUAUUAGACGCUGAGAAGAUGUUGAAACAGGCUUUCAAAGCAGCUGAAGUUUUGUAUAAGAAAUCCCAACUGACUCAACAUCACAGUACACAACAUGAAUCUACUCACAGUAAGUACAGAAGAGACACCAAUGUGAUAGUCUAUAUAAAGCGACGUCUAGCGAUGUGUGCAAAGAAGUUAGGCAAGACAAGAGAAGCUGUCAAAAUGAUGAGGGAGCUGAUGAAGGAGUUCCCAAUGCUCAAUUUGUUUAACAUCCAUGAGAAUCUUAUUGACUGCCUCCUAGAGCUGCAGGCCUAUGCUGAUGUCCAAGCCGUGCUAUCCAAGUAUGAUGACAUCACCCUUCCCAAGUCGGCUACUAUAUGCUAUACUGCUGCCUUACUCAAAGCCAGAGCUGUAGCUGAUAAAUUCUCACCCGACAUUGCCUCUAAACGAGGGUUGAGCACGGCAGAGAUGAAUGCUGUGGAAGCCAUCCACAGGGCGGUCGAAUUCAAUCCACAUGUUCCCAAGUAUCUGUUAGAAAUGAAGUGUCUCAUCCUGCCCCCAGAACACAUCCUCAAGCGUGGGGACAGUGAAGCACUUGCGUACAGUUUCUUUCAUCUACAACACUGGAAGAAGGUUGACGGAGCUCUUAAUCUAUUACACUGUACAUGGGAAGGCACAUUCCGUAUGAUUCCCUAUCCACUGGAGAAGGGUCAUCUCUUCUAUCCGUAUCCAACAUGUACCGAGAGUGCUGAUAGAGAACUACUCCCAACGUUUCACGAAGUGUCUGUCUACCCCAAGAAGGAACUUCCAUUUUUCAUCCUCUUUACUGCUGGUCUUUGCUCCUUCACUGCCCUCUUGGCCCUUCUUACUCAUCAAUACCCGGAGCCAAUGGGUGUCAUCGCCAAAACGGUACUGAGUUGGAUGUACAUGCCGCUAAGUUACAUCAUCGAGAAGCUUGAGGCCAUCUUGCCUUCCAACCUCAUCCAUCAGCUGUCACGAAUCUAAUGCCACGCCCAUAAAUCAUCACGAAUUGCUUCGUAUGAGCUCAAUUUGACAUUAUUUGUUGCUUAAUUUUCAGUUUUUUGCGAUGAUAAACUAACAGGAGGACUUCAAUAUCCAACUGAAUUGAUGAAUUUGAUGCCAUGGCUAGUAUACUGUGCACUUUUAAAACUGUGUGCUCCACUCACUAGUCUUUUGUUGUUAUUUUCUUGAAUUUGUUUUUGUAAUGCUAAAUCAACAAAGCGUAUUUUAGUCAUUUUUUGACUUUAACUUGCUAAUUCAAAACAGUCCGGCCUUGCAGUGAAUACUGAUGUACUGUAAACACCCUUAUUUCUGUCUGCCAGUGUUGCAAAUAUUUUGAUCCUGGGCCAUGCCUGAUGCCCAUCAAUAUCAAAGUGACCAACCCUGGUCGUUAAUGUAAUAUGUAGAAUCAUAGUAGGCUUCAUUUCUUAUGAUCAGUCCAGCAAUUGAAUCAAACCUGAUCUUCAAAUUGUCACUGCCUAGGGGUGCUUGUGGUGACUUGGUAAUUGACAAUAUGAUCAUGACUCGGCCAGAACUGUUUUUCUUGAGACCAACAUUUUUCAGACUAAGGUAAUAGAAAAAUGCAGAUGAAAUGUACAUGUGGUGAUCAGGCUGAAAAUAUGUUAUGAAAAUGACCACAAAGCAUACCUAGAAGUAUAUUUUCUUAUAGAUUUGCUGAUAUCGAGAAGUCUCUUCCACUGCCUUAUCAUCACGAUGUUCCGAUAAUCUUACGUUUGCCAUUAGUCAUUUCGGAUACUUCAAUUUGGCUUGAGAAAUUAAUCCCUAGAAAUGGGAAAAUCACUAUCGUGAUAAGAAUCCCAUAUGAGGAUGAUGGCGAAAAAAACGUAGCAUCGGUCUGCUGCCCACAAUUCUAUUGUCCAGCAGCAAAAAAACAGAACUGAAGUUACGUCAUGUUACCUGGGUUAAACCGCUGUAGAGUUAUGUACACAAUUGUACAGGUGUUUCAUGCAAGGAUGGUAUGACAUCAACUCUAGUCUUACAAACAGGUAAGCAGCAUCAUAAUGUUGUAUGCACUUUACUGGGAUUACAUCACACUUUUUAAAGAUUCAUAACUUUUCCCAUCCAUUUUGGGGAUUUGAUCAACAACUCUCUCUCCGACGCAGAUAUUUUUAACUUAUUCACCAUCAUGUGUAAGUAAUAUUCUCUGCCUUUUUUGGUCUGUUAACAUUUUUUUUUCAAUGUGACCAAAAAUGCUCAAAAAGCAUAGCUCAUAUUGAGUUAGUCAGAGUAGAGGUAAGACUAAGCUUUUCUGUGGAGCCUCUGAUAGACACUACUCACUUCAAACUUGAAGAUGUUAUUUCUCAAUUCUGUAUUUAACCCCUCUCUAAUAAUCAGAAGAUAGGCCUCCAAUCAAUUGAUUUUGUGAAAUUCAUACAAGAAGUCCACAUCCUAGCUGAGAUGAUUUCCACUGUUCAAUUCUUUUUAUUGUUGUUGUAAACCAUCUAUGUGCUAAAGAUUGUCAUAAUCAAGACUGUUUCCCUUUUGUUGUCAUCUCACUUCUCGGCUGGUCAUAGUUCCAAAGAGUGACUCAUUGGAAGCAUCACAUUGACACUCGAGUGUCAUGCCUAACCUUGUUGAGUCUGGCAAGUUUGCAAAUAUCAAGUGACUUUGUUGACAAUGAUCUUUGUAAUCCUCUGGUCAGACCCAAACUUGUGACUGUCCUGGGAUGGACAGUGCCCUUUAUAUUACUGCAUUCUCUCUGUAAUGACUGUCUGGUAGCACCUUUUUGGUAUCAUGUAGCCAGCCUAUCCAUGUCAUAGAACCGCUUCAGAUUUGUCAUAGAGUAGUGCAAAAUGUGAUAACUAUAUAAUUGUAUAAAUGAUUUUUCGCCAUAACUGAUGGUGCAGGGAUGGCUAAGGUGUCUGAGUAUGAAAGCUGUAAAACACAUGGUCCUUAGUGACCGCCAGUUGUAUUCAAAAAGAUCUUCUCCUUCACCACCCACUUGUAUGAGCAUGUUCAGGUUAUGAACCUGGUCUGAGUUGUUCAAAACCAUGUUUAUAUGUUAAAACUGGUUCUCGGAGGUGGAAAUAAAGUUUGAACUUUA